CUAAUUCACUGUCAAACAUAGGAGGCCAAGCUAAUCAAUCGUCAAACAUAGGAGGCCCAACUAAUUCACUGUCAAACAUAGGAGGCCCAACUAAUUCACUGUCAAACAUAGGAGGUUCAACUAAUUCACUGUCAAACACAGAAGGCCUAACUAAUUCACUGUCAAACAUAGGAGACCUUACUAAUCCACCUUCAAACACAGGAGGCCCAACUAAUCCAUCGUCAAACAUAGGAGGCCCAACUAAUCCAACGUCAAACAUGGGAGGUCUAACUAAUCCACCUUUAAACAUAGGAGGCCCAAUUAAUUCACUGUCAAACACAGAAGGCCUAACUAAUUCACUGUCAAACAUAGGAGGCCAAGCUAAUCCAUCGUCAAACAUAGGAGGCCCAACUAAUCCAUCGUCAAACAUAGGAGGCCCAACUAAUCCAACGUCAAACACAGAAGGCCCAACUAAUCCACCGUUAAACAUAGGAGGCCAAAUUAAUUCACCGUCAAACACAGAAGGCCAAACUAAUCCACCGUCAAACACAGAAGGCCCCACUAAUCCACCGUUAAACAUAGGAGGCCCAAUUAAUUCACCGUCAAACACAGAAGGCCCAACUAAUCCACCGUCAAACACAGAAGGCCCAACUAAUUCACCGUCAAACACAAGAGGCCCAACUAACUCCCCGUCAAACACAAAAGGCCCAACUACUUCAUGGUCGAACAAAGAAAGCCCAACUGAUCCACUGUCAAACAUAGGAGGUCCGACAGGUAGCCCAAAUAAGUCAUCGGCACCCACAGGAGGCAAAACUAAUUCAACGGCACCGACAGGAGUCCCAAGGAAAACAACGCCACCAGCAGGAUUGACUCAUAAAUCAACAACAGCUCAGCCAUCGUUAUAUCCUUCACAUAAACCAAAUUGGGGUCAAGCAAACCUAUCUAUACCAUUAACAAUUUUCGUCAACGGCAACUACUCGCAAGAGUUAGAUGAUACAACGUCACCUAUGUACCAAAUCUAUAGCUAUGACUUUACAAUUGUACUUUAUGCCCUCUACAGUAGCAUUACUGAUUUUCAAGGUGUCAACAUAACCGGUUUCUUCAAUGGCUCCAUUGGAUGCAGGUAUGAGGUGUUGGUAGCGCCAAGUAAUGGUAAUCCAAUAAACACAACACAACUACUUAAUUCCAUAAAGGAAGCGGGAUAUACCAACGCACAAUUUAAUGUCUCGGGCAAAGACAUUCUUUACAUUGAGACUAAUAAGACGGACAAUGCAAUUCAACAAGCAUUGGAACAAAACCAUUUCGAGGAAGUCUUGCAGAAAGCAUGCAUAAAGUCAAACGUAUGUUCAUAUGAUACCGUAUGUGUAGUAAAUAAACAGGUUUUGACUUGCACACAUAAGUGUAAUGCAAAUAACAUCUGCUCAAAGAACGGAGAGUGCUACGUACACAUAGACGGGAAUGUGAAAUGCAGAUGCAAAAAAGAUUCUACCUAUGUCUAUAACGGUCACACUUGUAAAGACAAGGUUUUGGUAUUCUUCAACGGUAAGAACACUACCAUCAUAGGUGCAUGCGCUGGGGCGGCCAUAGCUUUCCUCUUUCUACUUGUUAUCUACUUUGUGGUGAGAUGGAGAGAAAAACGAACGUCAAAAACAACUGAUGAAAAGCUGUCCGACCCUGAAGAGAUAAGGAAGGAUAACUCCCAGAUCGAGAACGUGCCGAUGGAUGGUAUGGGGAAGACUAACCCGAUGUACCGUCCACAUAUCAGUAACCACCAGCAAGAAGGACACGGUAACUACUACCCCGGGGAACGCUCGGACAGGGAUAACAUAUACGAGGACGAGCUGGCUUAUGAUAAAGGAAGAUACUACAGAGUACUCAACGAUCCGAAAAGUAGGUCAAAGGCAUUGGUGUACCAACCCUCUAACAUGUCGAGUCCUGAAAAGAGAACAGAAACUAUGUCUAAGUUUGAUGAUCUCGCGUCCAAGCCGCAACCUUAUAAUAGGAGACAAGAGAUGGAGCAUCAGCCCUUUCACGAUAUGCUCAACACAGAACAGCCGUACGAAAUCAGACGGCCGCAGCUCAUGACAAAUGCGGUUAACUCAUAUGGAUACCGAUGAAGUAGAGUGACAUCACAGAUACCAGUGUACUACCUGGAAAUGUUAUAGAAAAACUGUUCUGAGAUAAUUAAGUAUGAUAAUACAAUUUGGGAUUGAGAAUUGAUUAACAUAAUAGAUAUGCAAUUUCCAGCAUAUGAUAAGGGUAUAAUGUGUUAAAUUCAAUUGCUUCUGAGGUAAAGAUCUG